GGCGGCGAGCGAUGGAUGAGGACAACAUGACGAGGAGCGAGGAGCAGGAGCUGAGUCUGCAGAAGGCGCUGCAGCAGUGCGAGCUGGUCCAGAACAUGAUCGACAUCAGCAUCUCCAACCUGGAGGGGCUCCGCACCAAGUGCGCCGCCUCCAACGACCUCACGCAGAAGGAGAUCCGCACCCUGGAGAGCAAACUGGUGAAGUAUUUCAGCCGGCAGCUGUCCUGCAAGAGGAAGGUGGCCCUGCAGGAGCGCAAUGCCAAACUGGAGGGGUUCCCCCAGCUCCUGCACUGGUUCCGCAUCGUCGACAUCCGCAAGGAGGUGAUGGAGGAGAUCGCCCCGGGGCAGCUCAGCCUGGAGGAUCUGCUGGACAUGACCGAUGACCAGGUCUGUGCCACCGUGGAGAAGUUUGGGGCCAACAGCGAGGAGUGUGCCCGGCUGAACGCGUCCCUGUCCUGCCUGCGCAGCGUCCACAAGUCCGGCGGGAGCCUCUCCAAGCAGGACUGGACCAUCCAGUGGCCGAGCACGGAGCCGGGCAAGGAGAACAGCCCCGGCUGCCCCAGCGCGGAUCCAGGACCCUGGGGCAGGACGCACCCGAGCCCCAAGAUGCCCCCCAAGUGCGGGCAGCACCACUGCCACGCCGCCUCGUCCCACGGCCCCAUGUACACGCACGUGGACCGCCUGACCGUGGAGGGCCACCCGGGGCUGUGCCCGCCGCUCGAGUCCGGGCACCGCUCGCUGCCGCCGUCCCCACGGCAGCGCCACGCCGCGCACACCCCGCCGCGCACCCCCAACAUCGUCACCACCAUGACCCCGCCGGGGACGCCCCCCGUGCGCCGCAGGAACAAACUGAAGCCCCCCGGCACGCCGCCGCCCUCGUCGAGGAAGCUGAUCCACCUCAUCCCGGGCUUCACGGCGCUGCACCGCAGCAAAUCGCACGAGUUCCAGCUGGGGCACCGCGUGGAUGAGGCGCACACUCCCAAAGUCAAGAAGAAGAACAAGCCCCUGAACCUCAAGAUCCACAACAGCGUGGGGAGCUGUGAGAACAUCCCUGCCCAGCGCUCCCCGCUGCUCUCCGAGCGCUCCCUGCGCUCCUUCUUCGUGGGCUACCCGCCCUUCCUGCCCUCCACGCCGCCCGUGCACACCGACGCCACCUUCUCUGCCAAUACGCUGUCAGUGCCUCGCUGGUCCCCGCAGAUCCCUCGGCGGGAUUUAGGAAACUCCAUAAAACACAGGUUUUCCACCAAGUACUGGAUGUCUCAGACCUGCACCGUCUGCGGGAAGGGAAUGUUGUUCGGCUUAAAAUGCAAAAACUGCAAGCUCAAGUGCCACAACAAAUGCACCAAAGAGGCGCCCCCGUGUCACCUGCUGAUCAUCCACCGCGGAGGGAGACGAGCCGGUCGGGGCGAGGCAGAUUUGCAUUGCAAACCACUUCCACCCACCCUCCCCCUGCCUCCUUUUCUUUUCAGAUUCCCCACCGCACGGGCGAGGUUAGUCCGGACAGAGUCGGUGCCCUGCGACAUCAACAACCCCCUGAGGAAGCCCCCGCGCUACUCGGACCUGCACGUCAGCCAAACGCUGCCCAAAACCAACAAACUCAACAAGGACCACAUCCCAGUGCCCUACCAGCCCGAUUCCAGCAGCAACCCCUCGUCCACCACGUCGUCCACGCCGUCCUCGCCGGCGCCGCCGCUGCCGCCCAGCGCCACCCCGCCGUCCCCGCUGCACCCGUCCCCGCAGUGCCCGCGCCAGCAGAAGCAGUUCAACCUGCCAGCCUCCCAUUACUACAAGUACAAGCAGCAGUUCAUUUUCCCAGAUGUGGUGCCUGAGACGCCGACCCGAGCCCCACAGGUUGUCCUGCACCCCGUCACCUCCAACCCCAUCCUGGAAGGAAACCCAUUGCUUCAAAUUGAAGUGGAGCCCACCUCGGAGAACGAGGAAGGCGCCGAGGAGGUGCAGGAGUCGGAGGACGACUUCGAGGAGAUGAACCUGUCGCUGCUCUCCGCGCGCAACUUCCCGCGCAAGGCCAGCCAGACCAGCAUCUUCCUGCAGGAGUGGGACAUCCCCUUCGAGCAGCUGGAGAUCGGCGAGCUCAUCGGCAAGGGCCGCUUCGGGCAGGUGUUCCACGGGCGCUGGCACGGCGAGGUGGCCAUCCGCCUCAUCGACAUCGAGCGCGACAACGAGGACCAGCUCAAGGCCUUCAAGAGGGAGGUCAUGGCCUACCGCCAGACCCGGCACGAGAACGUGGUGCUCUUCAUGGGGGCCUGCAUGAGCCCUCCCCACCUCGCCAUCAUCACCAGCCUGUGUAAAGGACGGACUCUCUACUCCGUGGUGAGGGACGCCAAAAUUGUCCUGGAUGUCAACAAGACGAGGCAGAUAGCACAAGAAAUUGUGAAGGGAAUGGGAUACCUGCAUGCCAAGGGCAUCCUCCACAAGGAUCUCAAAUCCAAGAAUGUCUUCUACGACAAUGGGAAGGUGGUGAUCACCGACUUCGGGCUCUUCAGCAUCUCCGGGGUUCUCCAGGCAGGCAGGAGGGAGAACAAGCUGCGCAUCCAGAACGGCUGGCUGUGCCACCUGGCCCCCGAGAUCAUCCGGCAGCUCUCGCCCGACACCGAGGAGGACAAGCUGCCCUUCUCCAAGCACUCGGAUGUCUUUGCACUGGGCACCAUCUGGUACGAGCUGCACGCCCGGGAAUGGCCCUUCAAGACGCAGCCAGCGGAGGCGAUCAUCUGGCAGGUGGGGAGAGGGAUGAAGCCCAACCUCAGCCAGAUUGGGAUGGGCAAGGAGAUCUCGGACAUCCUGCUGUUCUGCUGGGCCUACGAGCAGGAGGAGAGGCCCACCUUCACCAAGCUCAUGGACAUGCUGGAGAAACUGCCAAAGCGCAACCGCCGCCUUUCCCACCCGGGGCACUUCUGGAAGUCGGCUGAGCUGUGACGGGAGGAGUUGUGGGACGGUGCCUUCCUCCCCCAGCGGGUCUCCUCUUCCUCUCCGCUUCCCACCCUGCGCUACGGAGGAGCAGCGGGGCCGACAGCGAGCCGGGACAGGACCGGGAUCUUCUCCCUCGGCGUUUCUGCAUCCCGGGAAUCCUCCGGCACCGGGAUCUUCUCCCGGGGCGUUUCUGCAUCCUGGGAAUCCUCCGGGAGCCGGAGCAGCCCCGGCUGCGGUGGGAUGGGGACAGCGGGCGGCUCUGCGUGCGCAGCCGGUGGCUCUGGGGACAGAACCCCGACCACAGGACAAUGACUUCAGUUUGUCCCCCCAGGGCUCCUCUGAUCCCCAUCCAGCGCUCACGACGAUGCUCGGCUGGGGAGGGCUCGUUCUCGGCUCUCUGCGGGUUUCUUUAAUUCCCUUUAUUUAUUUCUUUGCGGUUUUGUCAUGAAAAAAGGGGGAAUGUCGCUGAUUCAUGAGUUUGUGCCCGGAUCCUGCGGGGCCAGGGAGUGCCACUGCCAUUAGCUGCUCCCCGCGGGGAAAUGCAUCUGUCCCGCUGCCCCCGCAGCCCCUCCGUGGGCAGCGCUGACCUUUCACAAGUGGCUUCUCUCCCUCUUACGUGUCCCCCCGCGGGUCUCCCUGCCAGCGGGACACGGCUCCGCGUUCCCGGUAAUUUAUCUGUCUCCUCAUUCCCGUUAAUUUAUCCCGUUAAUUUAUCCCGUUAAUUCAUCAGCCGGCCCUGCCCCCUCCCUCUCCAUCCCUGCCCUGCUCCUGCCUUUGCUCCUCAUUCCCCAGAUCCCAGGUUUGGGGCUGCUCUGGUGUGACGGUGUUCACAGGGGUUUUCAGAUUGGGGAAGAGAUGAGGAUCUGACUCCAUGCUUCAGAAGGCUGAUUUAUUGUUUUAUGAUAUAUAUUACAUUAAAACUGUACUAAAAGAAUAGAAGAAAAGGUUUCAUCAGAAGGCUGGCUAAGAAUAGAAUAGGAAAGAAUGAAUAACAAAAGCUUGUGUCUCAGACAGAGAGUCUGAGCCAGCUCACUGUGAUUGGCCAUUAAUUAGAAACAACCACAUGAGACCAAUCACAGAUGCACCUGUUGCAUUCCACAGCAUAAGAUAAUAAUUGUUUACAUUUUGUUCCUGAGGCCUUCCAGCUUCUCAGGAGGAAAAAUCCUAAGGAAAGGAUUUUCCAUGAAAGAUGUCUGUGACACUCUGGGCUGGGCAUCAGCUGGGAUUGGGAUCCAUCCCCUCUCCUGUGGCUCAUUCCUGCAGCUGGGAAUGCAGGCAGGCUCUGGUUGUACAGAGCAGCUCCCUGCCCCACUCUGGGCUAUCUCAGCCACCCAGGACCAUUUCCCUCAUCUCCCAUCAGCCAAAUCCCAGAGUUUCCCCAAAAAUUCUCCCUGGGAGCUGCUGUUUCCACCUGAAUUCCACGUGCUGGUGUUUCCCUCUCCUCCCCCAGCUUGGAUGGGCCCUCCAGCCCCUCGGAUGAGCUGUCAGAUGAGAGCAAAUUGCAUUCCCAGGCUCUCAUGCAGCAUAAUUGCUUGACAGGAACCAUCCCAGAUAAUUCAAUUGUAGUCUCAGUUCGCUUUAAUUUGGAGCCGUGACGAGGCUUUGCAAACCCAGCCAGCCCUGCUUUGUCUGGCUGCUGCUCCAGCUCCUCCUCGCUGGUGCUGGGAGUGCUUUAGCAUAAGUAAAUGAACAUUAGUAACUUAAUUGCAGCUGGGAUGAGAUGGGAGUUUAAUUGUGGGGGUAUUAAAAUCCCCAUGCGUGCACGUGUGAGAAUUCCAGGGUGGGCAGGAGCAGGGAGGGGUGGAUCCAGCCCUGAAAGGAUCUGAAGGAGUCUCCUGGUGAUGUUUUUGGGAUGGGAGGCAGCGCAGGGAGCUGGGAUGGGGCAGGAUGACUUUAGGGGUUGAGCCCUCAUUUGGGUUAAUUGUUCCUUGCUCCAGCAGCAAAUCAGGGGUUCCUCAGUCAGGGCUCAUCCCAGCUCUUCCCUGCCUUUCACCCCAGCCCAGCCUGCAGCACCCAUGGCCUGGGCUGUCCCUGCUCUCCCCAGCUGUCCCUGUUCCCCUCAAGGGUGUCCCUGUCCCCCCAAGUGUCCCUCUGCACCUGUGCCACCAACCUUGCACUAAAACCUCGGGGUCUCUCUGAGCUCUCACCAAUGCCUUCACCUGUGCUGCUUCCAUCCUCUGGGGGAGGCACAAAAUCCCCUCUCCAGAAGUUUUGGGUACAGGGAGGUGUCACCAUCCCCAAACCCCAUCCAGAGGGAGCAGGGUCCUGCUGGCUCUGUGGGUUUGGGUUCUGAGCAGGUUUGGAUUCCCAGGGGAGCAGGAGGCAGGGGAAGGUGUUGAAGGAGGAGGAGGAAGGUGACACCAGAGUGGUGCCCAUCACUGGGGUGAUGGAUGUUGUGUGGUGGAAGGGACGAGGUCUCUCUUGCGGUCAUUGUGGGUUUGCUCCUCGUGUCCCAGGUCCUCACCUUGGUGUCCCCCGUGGGGUCUCACAGCUGCUGGCAGAUUCCUGAUGGAUUUUAUGGCCAGGAGUGGAGGGAACAGUGAACUGAGGGGUGCUGGGUGUCAGGGCCUCCCUGGGCUGCAGCCUCAGCCACAGAACCAUGGAAUGGUUGGGUGGGAAGGACCUCAAAUCCCAUCCCAUCCCACCCCUGUCAUGGCAGGGACACCUCCCACUGUCCCAGGUGCUGCAAUCCCCAUCCAGCCUGGCCUGGGACACUGCCAGGGAUCCAGGGGCAGCCCCAGCUGCUCUGGGAAUUCCAUCCCAGCCCCUCCCCACCUUCCCAGGGAACAAUUCCAUCCCAAUAUCCCAUUUAACUCUGCCCUCUUUCACUUUCAAGCCAUUCCCCUCGUCCUGUCUCAUUCCCCUUUGGCCACACCCUUCUCCGCUGAAUUUUGGGCAUCUGGAAAAAACUAAAUAUCAGGAAGAAACGAAAAGAAACUAAAUAUUCCUACAGCCAACCUCUCCCUGCUCUGCAGCCUCUUCCUCCCCUCUCCCCUCGCUGUGGUGUCUCAGCCACAGGCACAGCACAAUGGCAUCAAUUGUCCUGAAUUUAUCCCAAAGGAGCUCCGAGGAGCAGCUCCUUCCCUUCCAUUCCAGUUGUCCAGGCUGCCACAUUAUUCCCUUCAUUCCUCCUUAAUUUUAAAGUCUUCAUUAUUCAAACAAAACCCCACCCACCAAACCAACAAAUCUUAUUGUUGCUGUUGUAGGUUGGGGUUUUUCUGACUCUGCCUUUGUGAAGGAUAUUUAUAUUUUUUUUCCUUUGGCCCGGUUUAUAAAUAUCCAGCACUUCAGCAGGGAGGGAAUGCAGGAGAAGCUCUCCACAACAGUUUUUAAUGGGAGCUCUGAAGGAUGAGAGGGUCCAUCCCAAGCCAGGGCUGUUUCCAGCCGGGCUGGGCUUAGCUGGGCUCAGCUGCCUUUGAGAUUGCAGGACCUCCCCCAGCCCCAGGGAUGCUCUCACAGCCCAGGGAUGCUCUCCUGGCCCAGCCCUGCUGCUCCAUCCUCCCAUCACCUCCCCUCUCUUCCCAGAUCUCCCUGACUUUGCUGCUGCCCGAGGAUUUUUCCAGCAUUUUUCCAGCCCCGCGUUUGGGGCUGGGCUGUGUGGACUCUCCCAGAGGUGGCCCCAAAGCUCUGUGUGCUCCUUUGGCUGCUGAAGGAUAUUCCCUGCUCUGGUUUUUCCUUCUAUUCCCCUUUUCCCCACGAAUUCCUAAAUCCUCGCUGAGCCCUGACCGGGCGAUUUCUGGGAAUGACGAGCUCAGAGUUUGGUCCCCAUGACUUUUAUCCCAUCCUUGGCCGUGGCAAGAGCUGGGAUGGUGCAGAUUUGGGAUGGAUGGAGGCACAAAUGAAUGUCUGGGAUGUGGAGGAGCUGCUCAGCCUUUCCCAGAGCACGGAAUUAUGGAAUGGUUUGGGUUGGAAGGGAACUCAAACCUCAUGGACAGGGGCAUUUCCACACCCCAGGCUGCUCCAAGCCCCUGGCCUUGGGCACUGCCAGGGAUCCAGGGGCAGCCACAGCUGCUCUGGGCACCUGUGCCUGCCCUCACCAGGAGAAGUCCCCUCCCAACACCCAGCCCAACCCCUCUUUGUGUGAAUUUAGGAUUCUAUGGAAGAGCUGGUGCCUGGAACUCGGAGAAGGGCUCUGUGCUGAGCCCCUCUCUGCCCCCCAAGUGCCCUGAGUCAAGCCCUUCCUCCUUUCUUCAUCCUUUAUUUAUUUUAAAUUAUUUGAAUUUCAUCGAAUUUCUAUGAAUUUAUUUAAAUUUAUUUGACUUUCUAGGAAUUUAUUUGAAUUUAUCUAUUUUUGUUGCCAACAGAAACUCUUUGGGGGGGAAGCUUGGUCAGCUGCAAGCGCUGCCUUUAAUUUCAGGUCCCUGUAAAUUCCCAUAUUUCAUUGCCUUGUACAUAAGGUAUAUAUGGAUAUAUAUACAUAUCUCUAUAUGUAUGUAUAUAGAUAUAUACAGACCUCAAUCUUGUACAGUUUCCAACUGAACUCGCUGGCCUGCUUCGUUUUCUCCGUGGUAGUUUGCAGAAUGAGCUGAUUUUCAGUUCCCCUUUUCCUCCCUCCACCCCCUUUUUUUUCUUUUUAUAAAUAUAUAUAUAAAUAUAAAUAUAUAUAUAUAUAUAUUUUGUUGUCGUCGUUGCAAAAAAAAAAAAAAAACACCUCCGGAAAAAAAGAAGCUGGUGAGAAAUAAAAAUAUAAAUCACCCCCACAAACUACUGAGAAAAACUAAAAAAAACCAAAAAAAAAAGGAAUUUCUGAGAAAGGCACGAUGGAUUCUCCCCGCUGUAAAUUUGUACAGGAACAUUUCUAACGUUUUCUACACUUGAAGAAAGUAAUUUCUAAUUUCCGCUGUCUGGCUGGGUGCGAAUCUCUGGGACCUGCAGACCUGGAUAGCCAUUUGUUCCCGUGGUUUCUUGUGCAGUGUUUGGUGAGGUGACAGUGUAUGAAUUAUUUAUGCCAAUAAAAAGAAAAAAAAAAAAAGACCAAAAAACUAAAAAAAAAACAAAACACAUUUGAAAAAACCUUGUGCUGCUCCGUGUCCUCUCCAUGGUGGGGUCGGGAUGAGUCCAUCAGAGGUUUGGGAGCAUCUCAGCGUGGUCCAGAGCUGCCAAAUCCCUUUUUCCUUCCCAUCCCAGCCCUUUGGGGAUUAUAAUUCCGAGGAUGGGAGCUGCAGCAGCAC